AUGAUCCGGAUUACCGCGCGGCAAAGAAGGAUUUUGAGACGUACGUCGAUGCCCUCACACCCAAGAUCACGGGGGUCGACGCUACUGUCCCUGAACUUCCGGUCAAGGAUCUGGUGUUUCGCAUCCACAGGGAUGUCCGCUUCAGCAAAAACCCGCUCCCGUACAAGGUCUCGCACUGGCAAGAAGGGUCCAUACGCGGCAUACUAUGUCCACUUCCAACCAGGCUCGUGCUUUGUGGGCUGCGGACUCUGGAACCCAGAAGCAGAGCCACUGGCAUUGCUCCGAGAGGAGAUAGACGAGAACUCAUCUGCCCUAAAAGAGGUUCUUCGAGCGCCGGAGAUGCGCCGAGAGUUUCUGAAGGGAGCUUCCGACGAUGAUGAUGCAGUUGUGGACGCAUUCACGCAUCACAACCGAGAGUCCGCUCUCAAGACUAAGCCCAAGGGUUACGAGGCCGACAAUACGAAUAUCAAGUUACUUCGACUACGCAGUUUUACCAUUGGGAGGCCAAUUACUGAUGAAGAUCUCAACAAUGAAGCCCAGGAGAAGAUCAUAUCGUUGAUCGAGAUUAUGGAGCCCUUUGUGACGUAUCUCAACAGCGUAGUGAUGCCCGAUCAGUGA